GCCCCUUUCCCCCACAUGUCUACUGUCCGCGAAUAUUUUAUGUUAUGGAAUGUUUUGCCUUCUUCUCAGGUGGUGUUUGAGUGCUUAUCCAUGACAUUGAGUCCUGUGGUUAAUUCUACCCUCAAAAUUGAAGGCUGGUUGAUGGUAUAAACAUGAACUAUCUUAGACUGCUAGAGUAUAAAAUGAUAUGGGUUCUAAAUUUAAGAUUUUAUUCGGGCAUAGUAUCAGAUUCUUGUUUCAGCUACACGUUAUUCCGUGGACUACUCUUUUCCUUUUUAUAAUGAUUUGAAGUGCAAUUGUUCUCUAGACUGCGAAUCGAUUGUGCAAUUAACACUCUGUUCCAGUUGGGUUCAAAUAUUGUAGUGAGGCUCAUCUGAGAUGAACUUGAUUUGGAAAUUUCUAUCAGUGUUACUCAAUGUUGGAUUGUUUGCAAAUGGGUUUAGUUCAAGACCUGCUGUUGUGAACAUUGGAGCACUUUUCACAUUUGAAUCUACUAUUGGUAGAGUAGCCAAGGUUGCCGUUGAGGAGGCUGUGAAAGAUGUCAACUCCAAUUCCAGUGUUCUCCAUGGAACCAAACUUGUUGUCAAGAUGCAGAAUUCCAAUUGCAAUGGGUUUCUUGGCAUGGUUGGAGCUUUGCAAUUUAUGGAGACUGAUAUUGUUGCAAUUAUUGGGCCACAAUCUUCUGUAGUUGCUCAUAUUGUAUCACAUGUUGCAAAUGAACUCCAAGUCCCUCUUUUAUCAUUUGCUGCUACAGAUCCCACUCUUUCUUCUCUUCAGUUUCCCUUUUUUGUUAGGACAACACAGAGUGAUUUGUUCCAGAUGACUGCAGUAGCAGAGAUUGUUGGUUAUUAUGGUUGGAAGGAGGUAAUUGCAAUUUUCCUGGAUGAUGAUUAUGGUAGGAAUGGUGUGUCAGCAUUAGAUGAUGCACUUGCAGCAAGGCGCAUUAAAAUCUCCUACAAGGUGGGAAUUCCCCCGGCAUCAGGAAUUAGUCGGGGUGACAUCAUGGAUAUUCUAGUUAAGGUUGCAUUACUAGAGUCUCGAGUUAUUGUUGUUCAUGUAAAUCCUGAUUCCGGUUUCAUGGUGUUUUCUGUGGCUCACUACCUUGGAAUGAUGGGUGAUGGAUAUGUUUGGAUAUCUACCGAUUGGCUUUCCUCCGUUUUAGAUUCCUCUUCGCCCCUUUCCCCCGAGAUCAUGGAUACAUUACAAGGAGUUCUUAUUUUGCGUCAACACACACCAGAUUCAGAUAGAAAGAGAGCCUUAUUCUCUAGGUGGAACAAGCUGACUGGUGGUUCUUUUCGGCUAAAUGCUUAUGGGCUUUAUGCUUAUGAUUCUGUUUGGCUGGUUGCUCAUGCUAUUGAUUCGUUUCUUAAUCAGGGUGGUAUUAUUUCAUUUUCUAAUGAUUCAAGGUUAAUUUCUAUUGAAGGGGGUGAUCUUCACCUUGAUGCAAUGAACGUAUUUGAUGGAGGACACCUACUGCUGAAGAACAUACUGCAGAGUAAUCUUCUGGGUUUAACAGGUCCUAUCAAGUUCAAUCCUGACAGAUCUUUAGUUUUUCCGGCAUAUGAUGUUAUUAAUAUUAUUGGAACGGGGUUUAGAAGGAUAGGUUACUGGUCUAACUAUUCGGGUUUAUCCACUGUGCCUCCUGAGACACUCUACUCAAGGCCACCUAACCGUUCGAGUUUGAACCAAAAACUAUAUAGUGUUGUUUGGCCAGGAGAGACAAUAAGAAAGCCUCGUGGAUGGGUUUUCCCAAACAACGGGAAGCAAUUGAGAAUUGGGGUACCUAUUCGGGUGAGUUACCGGGAAUUUGUAUCACAAGUUAAAGGCACUAAUAUUUUUAAAGGUUUCUGCAUAGAUGUAUUUAUGGCAGCUGUUAAUCUGUUACCAUAUGCCCUUCCAUAUCAAUUUAUCCCCUAUGGAGAUGGUCAGAAAAAUCCAAGCUACACAGAACUUGUCACUUUGAUCACAACAGGCUUUUUUGAUGCUGCUGUUGGUGACAUUGCCAUUGUUACAAACCGGACAACGAUAGUGGAUUUUACACAGCCAUAUGCUGCAUCUGGACUUGUUGUAGUUGCUCCAUUUAAGAAGUUGAACACAGGAGCUUGGGCUUUCCUGCGGCCAUUUUCUCCGGAAAUGUGGGCUGUCACUGCUGCUUUCUUCCUUGUUAUUGGAAUAGUUGUGUGGAUUCUGGAGCAUAGGACAAACGAUGAAUUCAGGGGCCCGCCUAAAAAACAACUCAUAACCAUUCUUUGGUUUAGCCUUUCCACACUGUUUUUUGCCCAUAGAGAGAACACUGUGAGCACCCUUGGUCGUGUAGUGCUAAUUUUAUGGCUCUUUGUGGUCCUGAUAAUCAACUCAAGUUACACUGCAAGUUUAACCUCAAUCCUCACCGUGCAACAGCUAUCUUCUCAUGUUAAAGGGAUUGAAACUUUGAAAGAAAGCAAUGAUCCUAUUGGAUACCAAGUGGGCUCUUUUGCCGAGCAUUAUUUGACUAAGGAAAUUGGUAUACCUCAGUCUAGACUUGUUGCCCUCGGAUCACCAGAACAAUAUGCAAUAGCACUUCAACAAGGUCCCAAAAAAGGGGGUGUUGCUGCUGUGGUUGAUGAACGUGCAUACGUAGAGCUUUUCCUAUCAAGCCAGUGCAAAUUCAGGAUUGUAGGUCAAGAGUUCACCAAAAGCGGCUGGGGUUUUGCAUUUCCACGUGACUCACCCUUGGCUGUUGACAUGUCAACUGCAAUUUUAACACUAUCUGAGAAUGGGGACCUCCAGCGGAUCCAUGACAAGUGGUUGACAAGAAGCACCUGUAGUUUAGAGAGUGCUGAGAUUGAGUCGGACAGACUUCAUCUGAAGAGCUUCUGGGGCCUCUUUCUUGUAUGUGGUAUUACUUGCUUUCUUGCUGUCUUCAUAUAUUUCUUGCAGAUUAUGCGUAAGUUUCACCGUGCUGCACGAGAUGAAUCGGCUUCAAAUGGCGGCGUCAGCUCACGCUCUAGGCGUCUUCAGUCAUUAUUAUCAUUAAUGGAUCAGAAGGAAAACCACUCAAAAAGGGAGAAUAAGAGAAGGAAAUUGGAGAGUUUAUCAUCUGACUAUGAUAUGGAAAUUGAACUUGGAAGGAGCCCUAAAAGGAAAACCACAAAUAUCUACAGACAGCAAACUUAACAGAAGCUAUUCAACUCAUUAGUUAGAGAACCUCUGAAUGUAUUAUUUACAUGGAAGACAUUGUAUUAUCCAUCCAUAUCUUAAAAAGAUCAACUUAUAUGUGCAAGAAUCAAUUGUUUAUAGGGGAAUUAUUAUUGGUAAGCAGCAUUUUUCUAUUAUAGGAAUUUAGUUUGUACUUUUAUACCACAAGGGUUGUAUUAACAAUGUAAAAUCAAUAUAUUACUGGCUUAUAGCUUUAUUGAAGGUGAAUUAUGUAACAA